GGCCGGAAAAUGCAUCCGCUGAGGUCGGCGGGCGGGCAGGGCUUCCAGACCUUUGCAGCGGCGCCGACGUGUCAUAGUUAGCGCAUGAGUUUUCAUCUCCGGUUUCUCCUAAACAAAAACACUCGCCGCUUAUCAAUGUUCUUGAUGGCGCUGCAACAACAACAACAACAAUUCCAACAACACCAACCACCACCACAGCAUAGCACCCUUCUGCUCCCCCCUCCGUCCGACCCUGAAUGACCCACCUUUCUUUUUUCUCAUCUCGUCAGUGAGAUCGAACAUCCUUGCCCCUGAAGUCAUGGCCCAACAAGGGUCCGGCUCCACGACAGCCUACCGCCCUCUCGCCCCGAAGCCGACCCUCUUGCCUUCGAAACGGGGGGCAUCCGAUCCUCCAGAGCCCCCGGGGCCUUCCAAACCGGGGAACGCCAAGAAGGCACUCAAAAGAUCCCCAUCGUCCUGCGAGGGGUGUAGAAGGAAGCGCACGAGAUGUACCGCCUAUGAAAGCGGGGUGCCAUGUACCAUGUGCCAAAUCCACCAGGUGGAAUGCGUGCUGCUCCCGCACAGCGACAGGCGCCGGAAGACCACCAUGGAGUACAUGCGGCGGCAGGCCGUCUACUACCGGGAGUACCUCGAGCAGUUCAUCCGGCUGGCGCGCUCCGACGACCCGGCGAUCAUCCUGGCGGCGAUCGCCAUCAUCCAGGCCCACCACUCCGAGGAGGAGACUCGGGCCCUCCUGGACUCCCUGGUCCCGAACGACGGGAAGCCCAUCCUGCCCGAGGAGGAGGAAUUAAUCAAGGCGAUUCGAGAGAGGGAGGCGCAGGCCGCCUCCACCGCCGCCGGCAGCAGCGGCGGCGGCGGCCAAAGUAAAGAUAGCGCGGGACCUGGCCUGGACCCGUUGCCUGAACAGGAUUGAGGGGGGGAUUUUGGACGGGGGAGGAGCUACGCUUCUCGUUCUAGCCCUCCCUCUUUCUACCUCGCUCCCUCCCGGGUGAGAGAAUUACCUAUGAUAGCCCCUUAUACCUAUGGGGUAUCGCUGGAGAAUGAUUGGAGGAUAGAACGAGGGAGAAAGGCGCGCGGAGGGAGAAGAGAUGAAGCAGGACUGAAUCGCGGCGGAAACAACUGACAGGAACAAUGCAAGGGACAGUCAUAGGAGGAGUGAGCUACUGCGUUAAAUUACUGAAUUGUUGCAGAGACACGAGCGGGAAGUGGUGGGGGGUUUGUUCUUUUGUGCAAUUAGCUUUGACCAAACAUUUGCCUGCGCAU